GGCGUAUCAGUGAGUGUAUGUGGGUCUCUCUCUUACCCUCACACACUAGCCGCUCCUCCUCCUACUCUUCUUGGGAUCCCCGUGUCCCUUUCCUCGGUGGCAGGCUCCCCACACCCAGCAGUCACCAUUUCCGCUCCCAGGAGAGCCACGCUGGCAACACAGCCCCUUCCCCGACUCAGCAUCGGGAGGAAGACCCUGGUGGCGGCUGCCGUCGGGGUCAUGCUGGUCCUGGUGCUGGUGGUCCUCAUCCCCGUGCUGGUCAGCUCCGUGGGCACCGACACCAGCCACUUUGAGAUGCUGGGUACUUGCCGCAUGGUGUGUGACCCCUACCUGAACAAGGGCACCACGGCCAGCAGCACCAGCUCCAGUGGCAUCCAGGCGGAGGCGGAGGCCCUCAGCGACAACAGCAACAUGCCCUCCACGCUGUUGCAGGGCCCCCAGGGCAAGCAAGGUAGGCCAGGUAAACCUGGACCCCCGGGACCACCAGGAGAGCCAGGGCCACCGGGGCCAGUGGGACCCCCUGGAGACAGAGGGUCUGGAGGGAGGACUGGGAUUUUGGGGUUGGGGGGGAACGGAGCUAUCAGCACGGCCACCUACAGCACAGUGCCCCGGGUGGCCUUUUACGCAGGGCUUAAGAACCCCCAUGAAGGCUAUGAGAUCCUCAAGUUUGAUGACGUGGUCACCAACCUGGGAAACAACUACGACGGCAUCUCGGGCAAGUUCAUCUGCAGCAUCCCUGGCACCUACUUCUUCAUCUACCAUGUGCUGAUGAGAGGAGGGGAUGGGACCAGUAUGUGGGCAGACCUCUGCAAAAACGAACAGGUGCGAGCCAGUGCCAUCGCCCAGGACGCUGACCAGAACUAUGACUACGCCUCCAACAGUGUCAUCCUCCACCUAGACGCAGGCGACGAGGUCUACAUCAAGCUGGACGGGGGCAAGGCUCACGGCGGCAACAACAACAAAUACAGCACCUUCUCUGGGUUCAUCCUCUACGCCGACUGAACCCACGCAGGAGGCACGUCCCAGACAGAAAGACAGAGAAAGAAAAGAAAGUAAGAGAUUGAGAGAAAGAGUUGUAAUGAGGGAAGGAAGGGGUUAAAAGCCGGAAUGCUUUCUCUGCUUAUAAAACACAUCAGCCCCAAAUCAAGGUUCUCCAGCUCAGCUUGGCCUGCCUGCCUGUCUGCUGUGCUGUGAGGGAGGGAGAACACAAUAAUAGGGGAGGGAGUAGUGUGGGGUGAAGCUAGGGAGAGAGAGGUGCUUAGCCCUCCUCAUCAGAAUUCUAACCUGUCAGUUGCUCCUUGCUUUCUGAGUAUUCCUCCUCCUCAAACUGGAAAAUAAACCAACUAACGUCAAGUGGAUCCGGCCUCAUCAUCUUCUCUCCAUAACGGUCGGCUAUAUGGACUCAGUUGACUGAAAUUGUCUUAUCUUGUCGUUAUGUGCUUUUCCUUAGAAUAUCAGUAUUUUACUUUUGUAAAAGAUACUACUACAUCGUAUAUUUACACAAAACAGGAUAUUAAAAAGAUGUUUGUCCCUUGUGAGAAAAAAACUAGAUUUUAAGAGAAUGGUUUUGUGAGAUGUUGACUGUGAUUCAGCAGGUGAGCAAUCUAAAAGUCUGAUUAAAAACGCCUUUAGUUGAGAAACGGAAAUGAAAGGUGUCAUUAUAGUUUUUAACGAUAUAUGAUUUGUUGCAUUUGACACCUGGCUGUCACAUGGUGUUGUUUGUUUAUGUGUGAUAUCAGCUGUGGGAACACAGGCCUGGUUUGUGGCUGAAUGUUAUUCAUGCAAAGCAUGUUAUACACAGACAACAUUACAUUUUCCCUUGUCCCAUCCAACAUAUCUAAAGAGAAAACGACACAUAGUCUCUAUCCUUGCCCCUUAUCCGUCUAUAUACCCCUAUCCUAUUUGUCUAAACAGGGCCAAAGUGGGUUGAAAAUAGACUAAAAUGUAUAUUAGAUGUUCUAGUUAUGUAGAUAUCCUCCACCACCAGAGUCAUUCAAUGAAGCAACAUAUUCAGAUUCUGAGGGAACCUAUUUUAUAAAAAACAGUGUCCAUUACUUCAGCUUCUUCCUCUUGCACUCUGCUGUGGUGAAGUUAAACAUCUAAAGCAGAGCAAUGGGAGAGAGUUAGAGUUAGAGAGAGAGAGAGAGAGAGAGAGAGAGAGAGAGAGAGAGAGAGAGAGAGAGAGAGAGCGAGAGCGAGAGCGAGAGCGAGAGAGAGGGGAGGGAGAGAGAGAGAGGGGGAAUGGGAUGUUUUAAUGGCGAGGCAGAUUUUCUGUUUCAGUGUCUGAGGCUUCACUGGAUGUCAUCCAUUCAUUAGCUGCAUAUUCACUGAUACAUACAGGCAUUAUGGUAAUAUUUACUCAACAUGGCGGGCUGACAGCUUGCUUUAGAAUGAAAUUGAUUGGGUGAGUGACUUGGCUUGUUAGCAUUGUGUGUGUGUGUUUGUGUGGGUGUGUGUGUGUGUGCGUGCGUGCGUACGUGCGUGUGUGUGCAUGUGUGUGCGUGUGUGUGCGUGUGUGUGUGAAUACGUACAUGCGUGAAUGUGUGUGUUGGUGUAUUUGAGUGUUAUCAUCAGAGCAUGCGCCGUGCCAUUGCUACUGCUACAUUGUUGUUUUUCUGUUAUUCUGUGCUACAGCCAAUGACAGAUAUUUUACUCAGCAGACAAUGAGAUUGCAUUACAUAGGGAGGGGAGCCUCUGUAGAGAUGGUGAGAAGAACAAACAGCUUGUAAAUGAAAUCUAUGUUAUGUUUGUCUAUCUAAUUUUAUCUUUUUGAACUGUUGAAUACAUUUAAAUAAUAAAUGGAAUUGGAGUCA